AUGGUGCUUGUAAUCCAGCUGCUGUUUGUUGUCAGCUUAUGUGUUGGGUCUACAAACGCAGUGCCGUCCCAAGAAAAGGAAACAGCAGCUGCAGGCAGCAAAGAAUUGUCCGCAUCGCUGGCCACUGCCAUCGUCUCCAGAAGAUCAUGUGACGGCGAAAUCAGGUACAAAAGAUACACAGGGAUCCGAUCGAAGGCCCGAGUCAUCAGCAUAACUACGACGCGAGACGAAGAUGAAUGCUUGAACCAGUGCUAUGAAAUGUCUCACCCAUGCACAUCGGUGAAUUUUUACAAAACUCGACGCUGCGAGCUGUUGUUCGACGAUCAACUGACUUGCGAGUAUGUGCGCGACAACGACGUCAUCGUUUUUUCCAACAUCUACUGUUCUUCGGCUGAAGGUAAGAACUCGACCUCUCUGUUUCAUGUGUCGUCCAUUGGCUGCAUUUUUCUCACUUUAUGUUUCCACGGGCUGGAUUUUCAUGGCAUUGAGGAAGUGUACAGCAAAAUUAUCACACUGCUGGUUUCUCAUGAGAGUCAACAGCUGAAUAUGUCGAUGGAUUCGAAUGCGGAAGGCCAAGAGUACCUCCUCACAAACCCAGUUUCUUGUCACAGCGUCAGAGACGACCGUCGUUUCGAAUCAUCGGCGGAAGAGAGGCUAACCCACACAGCUGGCCAUGGCAAUUAUCACUGCGCAAAAACGGUAUUCACGUAUGCGGGGCGAUUCUGGUACAUCCUACGCUAG